GAUGCCUGUGGCUGAGGGCAAGAGUGUCCAGCAGACGGUGGAGCUCCUCACCAGGAAAUUGGAGAUGCUUGGGGCAGAGAAACAAGGAACAUUUUGUGUAGACUGUGAGACUUACCACACAGCUGCCUCCACUCUGGGCAGCCAAGGUAAUAGAGAAGAGGAAAAUCCAGCCGAUGAUUAUUUGGUAAUAUGGAAGAAGAUGGACAAGGACUGUUUAAUGGAAUAGGAGAGUGGCGACUGCGCUAAAACAUGGAUAGAUGCAAACAUGUAGGACGGUUAAGGCUCGCCCAGGACCACUCCAUCUUGAAUCCUCAGAAGUGGUGCUGUCUGGAGUGCUCCACCACGGAGUCUGCGUGGGCCUGCCUGAAGUGCUCCCACGUGGCCUGUGGCCGAUACAUUGAAGACCAUGCACUGAAACACUUUGAAGAGACGGGGCACCCGCUGGCCAUGGAGGUACGGGAUCUCUACGUGUUCUGCUACCUGUGCAAGGACUACGUGCUCAAUGACAACCCCGAGGGGGAUCUGAAGCUGCUGCGAAGCUCCCUCCUGGCGGUUCAAGGCCAGAAGCAGGACCAGCCGGCCAGGCGUGGGCGCACGCUGCGGUCCACAGCUGCAGGCGAGGACGUGGUCCCACCACAGCGCACUCCUCAGGGACAGCCGCAGAUGCUCACCGCUCUGUGGUACCGGCGCCAGCACUUGUUGGCCAAGACGCUGCGGCUGUGGUUCGAGAAGAGCUCCAGGGGCCGUGCACAGCUGGAGCAGCGGCGGCGGGAGGAGGCGCUGGAGCGCAAGAAGGAGGCGGCGCGGCAGCGGAGGCGCGAGGUCAAGCGGCGGCUGCUGGAGGAGCUGGCCAGCUCGCCGCCGCGCAAGAGUGCGCGCCUGCUUCUGCAUGCGCCCGGGCCCGUGACCGUGCGCCCUGCUACCCUCGCUACCUCCCGGCGCGCGCCCACCGCUGCCCUCAAGCCGCGCCGACAGCCGGCGGUGGCACCAGGCGUCACCGGCCUGCGCAACCUGGGCAACACCUGCUACAUGAACUCCAUCCUCCAGGUACUCAGCCACCUCCGGAAGUUCCGGGAAUGCUUCCUGAAUCUCGACCCUUCCACCUCCGAGCACCUGUUUCCCCAAGCAACCAACGGGAAGGCUCAGCUCUCUGGUAGGCCAGCCAGCACCUCUGCCACAGAGUUGUCGGUAAGGAGCGACCGGGCCCAGGGAUGCGAACCUCAGGACCUCUGCUGGAACAGCGGAGCCUCCAUCAGCAGGAGCCUGGAGCUCAUUCAGAACAAGGAACCCAGCUCAAAGCACAUUUCCCUCUGCCAUGAACUGCACACCCUCUUCCGAGUCAUGUGGUCCGGGAAGUGGGCGCUGGUGUCGCCCUUUGCCAUGCUUCACUCGGUAUGGAGCCUCAUUCCCGCCUUCCGUGGCUAUGACCAGCAGGAUGCACAGGAGUUUCUCUGCGAGCUGUUGCACAAGGUGCAGCAGGAACUCGAGUCCGAGGGCUCCACGCGCCGAAUUCUCAUCCCCUUCUCCCAGAGGAAGCUUACCAAGCAGGUCUUAAAGGUGGUGAACACCAUAUUUCACGGGCAGCUGCUCAGUCAGGUUACAUGUGUAUCAUGCAAUUAUAAAUCCAAUACCAUUGAGCCCUUUUGGGAUCUGUCCCUGGAAUUCCCUGAACGCUAUCACUGCAUAGAAAAGGGGUUUGUCCCUCUGAAUCAGACAGAGUGCCUGCUCACUGAGAUGCUGGCCAAGUUUACAGAGACAGAGGCCCUGGAGGGGAGAAUCUACGCUUGUGACCAGUGUAACAGCAAAAGACGGAAAUCAAACCCAAAACCUCUUAUUCUGAGUGAAGCUAGAAAGCAGUUAAUGAUCUACAGACUACCUCAGGUCCUCCGGCUGCACCUCAAAAGAUUCAGGUGGUCUGGCCGUAAUCAUCGAGAGAAGAUUGGGGUCCAUGUCGUCUUUGACCAGGUAUUAACCAUGGAACCUUACUGCUGCAGGGACAUGCUCUCCUCUCUUGACAAAGAGACCUUUGCCUAUGAUCUCUCCGCAGUGGUCAUGCAUCACGGGAAAGGGUUUGGCUCAGGACACUACACAGCCUAUUGCUACAACACAGAGGGAGGUUUUUGGGUCCACUGCAAUGACUCAAAGCUGGAUGUGUGCAGUGUCGAGGAAGUGUGCAAAACCCAGGCCUACAUCCUUUUUUACACUCGAAGAACAGUUCAGGGCAGUGCAAGACUCUCAGAACCCCAACUCCGAGCUCAGGUGCAGUCCAGCAGCAAGGACGAAGGCAGAACAUGCACACUCCCCUGACUAGGAGACAUGCAUCAAAAUGUCCUUACAUGUUCCCUCUUGGGUAAUAAGGCUUGCCACAGUAACAGAUUGCUGGGUGUGCCUCACUGGGCCUAGAGGAGACAAUGCCAGGUGAUUCUGCCCUGUCAAAAAUGGGUAGUCACUUUCUUUUGAAAACAUUUGGAAAUUCCCUCCUUUCAUAAAACAAAUCUAAAGGA